AUGGUGAGAAUUAGUGAAAUCGAAGCAUCGACAGAUACAGAUAUUAUCAAUAAGUUGCUUGGAAAAGGAUACGAUUGGCGUGUUCGACCACCAGGAACGAAUCUCAGUAUUCCAGGUGGUCACGGGCCAGUUGUUGUUGCUGUAAAUAUGCUAAUACGAAGCAUAUCAAAAAUAGAUGAUGUAAAUAUGGAAUACAGUGUACAGUUAACAUUUCGUGAAAGUUGGGUUGACGGACGUUUGGCAUUUGGAUAUCCACGUGAUAACGCCCCAGAUUUCGUUAUACUUGCAGCAGGACAGCAAAUUUGGAUGCCUGACUCCUUUUUCCAAAAUGAGAAACAAGCCCAACGUCACAUGAUUGAUAAGCCGAAUAUUCUGAUUCGAAUACAUAAAGAUGGUACUAUAUUAUAUAGUGUCAGGAUAUCACUUGUGCUGUCGUGUCCUAUGCAUCUACACUAUUAUCCAAUGGAUAUUCAAACGUGCCUUAUAGAUCUCGCUUCAUAUGCAUAUACCACUGAUGAUAUUGAAUAUGUUUGGAAAAGUAAAGAUCCUGUUCAACUGAAGGAAGGUUUACACUCAUCUUUGCCAAGCUUUCAACUAAGCAAUGUUACAACAACUUUUUGUACCAGUAAAACUAAUACUGGCACUUAUUCAUGUCUGCGCACUGUAUUAGAACUAAGACGACAGUUUAGUUAUUAUUUAUUGCAAUUGUAUGUGCCAAGUUUUAUGCUAGUAAUUGUUUCUUGGGUAUCAUUUUGGCUUGAUCGUUCAGCAGUACCUGCUCGUGUAACUUUAGGUGUGACUACAUUUCUCACUAUGACUACUCAGGCUUCUGGCAUCAACGCUAAAUUGCCACCCGUAUCUUAUACAAAAGCAAUUGAUGUGUGGAUUGGAGCAUGCCUUACUUUUAUUUUUGGGGCCUUGCUAGAAUUUGCUUGGGUGACGUAUGUAUCAUCACGAAGUUUCACUAAAAGUAUGUAA